AUGUGGUGUAGGAGUGCGGCGCGCAGUAGCAGCGGGACGGACAAGCCUCCCGAGGUGCAGCAAGCAGCCAGCAGCAGCAGCAGCAGCAGCAGCAAUGAGUUGUACCCUAUUUGGAUUGACUUAACCUGCAUCAAGGCGGUGACAGAGUUGCUCCGUUCUAUGUGUACAGCCCUGAUCCUCCUGGGAGGAGAUCUGUCUCGACGAUACUGUGCAGCACAGCAGAGCAGGGCAGAGGCAGAGCACAAGCACAUGCAGCUGCCGGCCCAUGGACUGACAGACUAG